AUGGAUUUCUGGUCUCGUCUUAUUGGCGGCUCCCGUGCGCCGUCCAAGACCUCCCGAGCGACCUCACCAACUGAGCGCCUGACGGCCUUCAAGCGCGCCUGCAAUGCUCUUCAGCAAAUAUGGCGCUCAAACAAUACCCCCUCCGGUGAACAGCCGAUUGCUCACGCGCGUUCGUACAUCGAAAGACUCAACGCGAUCUUGAGCGAUGAAUCCCGAGGACCAGCUCCUCACCCAUGUGUGGCCUAUGCUGCCUCCUCCCAGAUAUUUGUCACAGUCACGAAACUCGCCCUGUCCUACUACGAUGACCAAUUGCUGCGUUCAGCGACGAUAUUCUUCAAUACCUUGAUCGAUGCGGAAGUGGAUGGUGUGGUUGACAACCGGAUCUUUGCUCGGGCUAUGGUGGAUCUAGUCCGACGAGCAGACAAAGCUUCGGAUGAGAUAGAGGGCAGACUGGUGGAACUUUUGUUUGGCGUCUCUAACAACAUUCGUCUGCAACCCGCUAUCCUUCCUGCAUGGUUUGUGCCUCGAGCGACCCCCGUUGGUCAGGAUGGCGAAUCGUCCGGACCGAGUGGGACCGAGUUCGCAGGCGCCAUGCGUAAGGAUGAGUUCCCAUUGUUCUACCUGCUGGUUGACUACCUUCAUAAUGAUGGCCGGGCUGGGGAUUUCGCACGCACGGGACUCCUUUAUCUGAUUGAGACGGCUUCACGCUCGAAGAACCUGGAAAAGUGGUUGAUUGAGAGUGACCUUGCGACCUUGAUGGCGACUGGACUUGGAGCAUUAUACAGCCAAUUGGGCAGCUUAUGCUUUCCAUCGCCUGAUGAGGAUGCCCCUCGUAUAAUCGCGCUUUCCGACCAUGCAAAUGAAGUCACAGCCCUCCAGCCUGCCCUGGGUGAAGCUAUGGACGCGUUUAUGUCGUAUCUGCUCUUUUGGCAGGAUACAAUCGACCAUUGCAAAUCUACAGAAGUCAAUGACACCCUCCUAGACCAUUUCCAGGUACUAUUUCUGGAGCAACUCUUAUACCCUUCUCUACUAGAAUCCUCCGACGUGGUUGGCGGUUCAACAGCAGCUGUCCUGACCUACAUGUGCCGCAUCCUGGAUUCAAUCGACCAAGGCGAACUGGUCCAUCGUAUCUUACAUUUCUUAUUGGCCUCAUCGCCACACCCUGAAGAGCAAAUGGAUAUGUCGGUGAGCCGGCGCAAGUCGCUGAAUGUGCUAGCCGCGUUGGCUUCGGAGGCAGCACCUUCUCCUUCUCUGUUCAAUCUGCGUGACCUCGCUGUCCUGGGGCUUCAAUCCACAAACCGGCAGACAGUCUUGGCCACAUUACGUCUAUUGAAUGUUGUUCUUCAACGGCACCAUCCGUUUGCCCGAGCCUUGAUUCAUACGGUUCCAAGGCAACAGGCCCAGCAGCGGUCUGUCGGUGCAUUCAAUGCGGAGCUUGAACAACUCUUUGGUCUUGGAACGUCCUUGAUUGACGAGCCAACUUUGAACGAGUCUUAUGAAAAUUACGUCUCAGAUGCGACAUGGGUACUCGAGUCACGUCUUUGUCUUCCUGUUUCACUCGAGGAAGCCCAGGAUGAUGCUCCUUUGCCCCUGCAACUUCAACAAGAUGAUCCCAUCGUACAGGGGCUGUUGAGCUGUGUUGAUUCGUUCUUCACCAACAGUGUCAUCGUCAACCUAGCGCUCACCGGCGUGCUUAUGAGCUUGGCAUCAUCUCAUCUGUUUUCCCUGGAUGGUUGGGUACUAGUUGAUCCUGCCCAAUAUGACACCCCCGGUAAAGACCCUUCAGUUGGUCUUGAUCACGUUCACCAAGCUUACCAAGCCCCCACAUGGCCUGCGGCUGCUGCACCGACUCUUACAGUUGCGCUUAGACGGCUUGUAGACCAAGUCAGCCAGUGGCAGCAAGAUGUGCCCGACUUUGUCAUUCUUAUCGCUGCUCGUCGAGAACUCCUUCAACGGGAGCAAGAUCCUCAGAUUCCCGGUCCCUUGGAGUCAAUUGAGACCUCAGUUCCAACUUCGACAGACCGCUCGCGCCCCUCAUACCCCGGAUCACCCGAACCUUCACAGACCUCGCGGGGUCGAUCGCCAGGAAUGUCACCUAGUGGAAUGCGGGAGGAAUCGUCCGUGCGCCCAAUUGACUCUCGCGGAUCCUCGGAUUCCCGGGCCACAACCGCCGAAGCUCUCCGCCAACGGUUGGCUAUGCCAUUCCCCCCUCCCGUGCCAUCCGAAACGGAAACGGUGGAGCCUGCUUCACCAGAUGCAGAUCAUGAUACCAAACAACUGGUUACACUGGGUCACGUUCUUACUAAUAUAGUGAUCCUUUAUGAGUUUUUACUAGAAUUGUCUGCCGUGGUGCAGGCUCGAGGCAGUCUCUUUGAAGAAGCAGGAUAUCCCUAA